AUGGCACUACUCUACUUUUUCAUGGAAAACCCUCUUAUGGCCUACUACACCAACCUUCUAACGUUACCGGAACAUCGCUACUUUCGCUUGUUCGGUAUGCUUGUGGGCAUCUUGGGAGCUUUGCAUGGACUACAAUUGGUUCUUCAUUUGCUAUGGUCGAUCAAAUCUCGAGCCCCCGCUGUAUUUCCUCGUACUGCUAUUGUCAAUAGCGUGGUACGGAGGGUUCAAAGGCUUAAGAAGACUAAGAGAGAUCAAUCUAUCGCGCCACGGACUUCUUGGUCAAGGAAUUCCAUCGUUGCGAUUAGUUCUGCCACGGCUUCGGUGCAGAACGUGUUGAGUGUCGAGGGAAAUCAUUUUGCGUUAGUCUUCGUGACGCGUAAAGCUGUGGAGGUUGGUGCUCAAAUUAUACAAUGCUAUCACUACAGUACACUGAUCGGUCGAGUGUGGAUCAAUCACGCAUAUGCAGGUAUGGUGGUGACGAACUGUUGGGUUACACCAUUACUUGACCAUCUCAUGCUUGCUUCGGAGUCACAACCCAAGAGUCGAACGUCAACGCGUACUGCCGGCUAUGCAGAUAUCGCAAUUCGAGAGCGUGUUGUAUGUGUGUCUAUAGACGCGUUGCUAACGGCAUUUGCGUGUCUAGUUCUACCGCUCACUGUCUUCGUGCCCUAUGCUCAAGUGUUCAAUGCUUCCUGGUAUGGAUUUCCAUACGACAUUCUCUACGGCGACGUGUCCUUUCCGAAUCUCAUUCGAGAGAACCAAGCACUAUUUGCGCUCAGCUUUAUCGAUGGUGUCACGAAACUUGUACCACAUCUUAGCAUUCUGCUUGGAAUGACGAGCAUCAGUCUCCUUCUCGAACUGUAUCCUCCGCAGAAGGUCAAGAGGGUGAAGUCGUCGCCUGCUGAUAGACCGCAAGAGUUUAAAGCGAUCAAUGUCAACAAGCAGAGUACCCAACGUCACGUAGCUGGUCUUCGUCUGAUGAGGCAUAUCGUAGUUCCUCUUGGCUUCCUGACUGCAGGGGCUGUUGUUCUUGGGCUACAUCUUCGUGCUGCCCACUUGGCCAAAACCGCGGAUACGAGUACCAUGAAAAUGUGUCUACAAGGACUCCGGCCGUGGUUUGCUGUCAACGUGAGUUGCUCCGUUCUAAAGUUCAACUGCUACAAGCAAGGGGUCCUCACGCCUGCUAGUGACCAACUCGAUCAUCUGCAAAGUGACGCAGUGAUGGCUGUCAUCUUUGAACAUUGUCCCGAAUUCGAGAUGCCUCCAUCUAUCCGCAGGUUCCGGAAUCUUCUGGGACUGGAACUAUGGAAUGUGUCAAUUGUAAAUUGGGGCGAGGAAGCUGCGUUGAACGCUGAUCUGCACCCAGAAAUGAUUUUUCUGAUCAUGGUUUACACGAAUAUGACAGAGUUGCCUCGAGGUGUGCUGACGGCUCCGUUGCCACCUCUGCUAGGAGAUAUCGAAAUUUCUAUCACCAAUCUAACGUUUGUUCCAGACGAGCUGGCAGACGCAUGGUCCAACGUUAGACUGGUGUAUCUGGAACACGCUCCACUGAAGGAAUUCCCGACUGCGCUCUUUAAGAUCCCGUCACUCUCUGUAUCUUUGAUCGAUGAUGGUUUGCACUCCAUCCCGGAUGAUCUCUUCACGACUGUCUCUCUGCUUGACGAAUACCUGGAGAUCGCGUUUUCAUACAACCCGAUCAAAGAGCUCCCAUCCUCGAUCAAAGACGGACUUCUCAUUAACUAUUUAGCGGUCGAUCAUACCGAACUGAAGACGUUACCAGCGUGGGUCGAUGGGGUCGGACAGUGGAUGAAUCUUGGUGGAUCUCCAGUAUGCAACGAUACAGAAGCGGUGAUUCCAGAUAUUGGAGACUGUGCCGAUCGGGGGUGGAACCCGAUAAGUGACGGUAGAUACCCGCUAGCAUUGGUAGCCCCGCUUCGAGAGAUCGAGUAG